GUGAUAAAAAAUCAAAAUGGAGAAACUGAUACCGGUCAUCAAUAAGCUACAAGACGUUUUCAAUACUGUUGGAAGAGAGGCUAUCCAUUUGCCACAGAUAGCAGUGGUCGGGACGCAGAGCACUGGAAAGAGCUCCGUACUAGAGAGCAUAGUAGGGAGGGACUUCCUUCCCCGUGGUACAGGGAUUGUCACCCGUAGACCAUUAGUACUACAGCUGCUCCACGUUCCGGAGAACGAUGCUAGACCCGGGCUUUGGGGAUGGGCUAAGUUUUUACACAAGGGGGAGAGAGUCUACGAGGACUUUGACGAGAUACGAAAUGAGAUAGCAUCAGAGACAGAGUCCGUUGCCGGAUCAAACAAAGGAAUCAGUUCAGAGCCGAUUCGACUAACGAUAUACUCCUCCCAUGUUCUGAACCUCACGCUUAUCGAUCUACCGGGCAUCACUAGAGUACCCGUUGGUGAUCAGCCGGACGAUAUCGAAGAACAACUAAGAGAAAUGAUACUACUCUACAUAACCAAUCCAAACUGUAUUAUAUUAGCCGUACAUGCUGCCAAUACGGAUCUUGCUACAUCGGAGUCUUUAAAACUCGCAAAAGAGGUCGACCCGUCCGGCGAUCGGAGCGUCGUGGUGUGUACAAAGCUUGAUUUGAUGGAUGCUGGGACUGAUGCCCACGAUAUAUUAACUGGUAGAGUGAUUCCAGUUAAACUAGGGAUCAUUGGUGUCGUUAAUAGAUCGCAGCAGGAUAUUCUUGAUAAUAAGGGGAUUGAGGAUGCUUUACUAGACGAACAGACAUUCUUCAGACGUAACUAUCCCUCGAUUGCCCUGAGGAACGGUACCCAGUUCCUCACGAAAACCCUCAACAAGCUACUAAUGACCCACAUUCGGAAUUGCCUGCCUACGCUGCGACAAGAUAUUAGCAAGAAGCUAUCGAUCUAUGAAUCACAGAUAGUUGAGUUAGGCGAGCCUGUGGAUAACAAAGGCCCGGCACUGCUUCAAUCUUUAACAAGAUUUGCUUGCAAUUAUACAGAAAAGAUUGACGGUACUUCCCGUGACAUUGAGACCCACCAGCUCUCAGGAGGCGCUAGGAUUUGCUACAUUUUUCAUCACACGUUCACCGAGGCACUGAAAGCCAUAGAACCUCUCGAAGGUCUAAAUCGUUCCGACAUUUUACAUGCUAUUAGUAACGCAAUGGGACCCCGUCCAGCUCUUUUCGUGUCUGAAAUAGCUUUUGAGCUAUUAGUUAAGAAACAGAUUCGACUUCUAUUGCCUCCGUCUCUCCAAUGCGUUGAGCUAGUCUACGAAGAACUGCAGAGGAUCAUACAGUAUUCUCUUAGUUUUGUCCGAGACUUUCAACGUUUUCCGAUCCUCCGUGACAAAGUGAAUCAAGUUGUGAUGAGUCUGUUACGAGAGCGUCAACCCAUUGCUAAUCAAAUGAUUGAGAGCCUCAUAUCGAUAGAGUUAGCUUAUAUUAAUACUAAUCAUCCUGAUUUCGUAGGAGGCACAAGAGCUGCUUAUGAAUCAUAUAUGGUCAUGGCACAGCCUAAACCAAUCCCAUACCAAAGUUUAAAGCAGGGAGAUGAAAAAACCGAGGAAAAGAAUCCUUCUUCGUCUUCAACUGGAGGUGGAGCAGGGGGAGGAGGAUCCGGAGGAGGUGGUUGGAGGUUUUGGAGUGGAAGAUCUCAAGAAGGAGGUGGUGGAGGAGGAGGAGGAGGAGGAGGAGUAGAAGGAUCGCGUUCCUCAGAAAAGAAACACGAUGGAGGCCUUAAUGCUUUCACUGGUCCUAGUGACCCAUCUACUGCUAACGAUAUGCAAGGCAAACAACUCUUUGACUGUGGUCUGAUAGAGAAACUAAUCACAUCAUAUUUUCUGAUUGUUAGGAAGAGCAUUCAAGACAGCGUUCCUAAGGCCGUCAUGCAUUGCCUUGUUAAUGAUGUGAGGGAUCGACUCCAAAGCAAACUUAUCACAGAAUUAUAUAAAAAGGAAUCUUUUGAUUUGUUAAUGGAGGAAUCUCCAGAGACUAUUGCUAGGAGGGAAGAGGUGCAAGAAAUGGUGUUUGCUUUGCAGAAGGCAAGCGAGAUAUUGAAUGAAAUUCGUGACAUUCAAUAUGAGUCAUCGAUCAUUGGAACAAUUUAGUCAUUAUUUAUGCAAUGUAGAAUAACAUUUUUUUCAUCGUUUAUAAA